AUGGAUCCGAAUUCUGGAUUGGAAACCAAUUUGACGAAUUCGUUUAUAACAUCCGCUUACUAUUAUGAGACAUCGAAAUCACUUGGCAAAAAUGCUGUGGCACUUGUUCUGCUGAUGAGCAAGUAUACUACGAGCAACCUCGAGGAUUAUAAAAUUCAAAUUGUUGCCAAUAAAGGAGAUUCAUUUAGUAGUUCAAUAGCCAGUUUGAAGAAGGAAUCAACGAAUCCUUCGAAAUGCGAGUAUGUGAUGAUGAUGGCGCAGACAAAUUUGGAUGUCGAUAAUCCCGAUGGCAUAUUUAUUGAAUCGAAAGGCUCUCGAGUGCAGAUUCCGUUCAAAACACCGCGAGAGUCCGUAAUAAGUCGUGUGGUUGUGUGCAUUGCUCCGCAAUUUCUCGCCGAAAAAUGGCAGACAUUUCUAAUGCAUAUUCACGUCGUCAAACGCUAUCAAGCGCAUAUGCACAUCUAUGUGACAAGCAUGAUUCAGAAGUAUUUCGAGAUGCUUCAAGUCUAUGAGAAAUUGGGCUAUUUGACAGUGGAUUUCUGGUUGAGGCCGAAAUUCGAUAAAACCGAAAUCGUGGCAUCGGAUCCGAAUAGCGAAGUGGAAUGGAGGAAUCAGGCCGGCGCUCAAACUGAUUGCUUGCUACAGUAUAAGGAAGCUGCCGACUUCAUCGCAUUCUUCGAUAUCGACGACAUCUUGAUCCCUCGCAAUUCCUACAACUAUUAUGAGGAAUUCACAAAAGUCUACAGUUCGGCGCCAAGUUAUGCGUCAAUAUUCUACCAAAAAAGGAAUGUGCUGGUCGAGAAAGUUGCAAACGCUCGAAAUUUUAGCUUCCGCGGAUUAUUUUCCACGAUGGAUGUCAAAAGUGACGUGGAAUUUGGGAAAACUGUAGUAAAAACUGAGAAUUAUAAUUCCACGUGGAUUCAUUAUACAAAACAGAUUCCGUUGACUUUACGAAUUCACUCUCUUGACAAUGAAUUGAUGCAUAUCAAAGAUUUUCUUGAUCGAGAAUUGAAUGGAACUGCGGAAUUCCGCAUCCCAAUGGUUUAUAAUACAACAACCGAACCUCUAAUAAGGGAGAAUGAUAUCAAUUUUUUGGAAAACGACUUUCGAAAGGUUCAUAGCUCCGAAGAAAUGAAGGCAAUCGCCGGUGAACUGAAUUAUCAGAAUUGGUUUGGACCAAUAAUAUUCAAAUGUUACAAUGAGACAUUCUAUCAUCCUUGGUUUGUUGAAGGCCAUCGAUUUGAUACGAUAUGCCCAAAUGUGGACUAUUGUGAAAUUCCACAACGCGACGAUAUCAAGUGUAUACAUUCGGAUGCGAAAUAUAUAUCGGGUCGAACGAUGGACCCGCUCACUUUUCAUUGGGCCAUCGAGCCAUUCUGGGAGCAUGAGCACGAAGACGUCGGAGCCUGCUGCUGGCAAGCGCAGGUGUAUAGCUGGGCGGCCGAUUGCUGGCAGGAGCACGUCGGCUGCUCUGUGCAACCACAUUGUCUUUUAUCGCGAAGAGAUGUCGCCUAUCAUGAAAUGCUAAUUAUACUCUAA